AUGGAAGACAACGGUUUAAGUUUUGCUGAUCAAUCUCUUUCACUCAAUUCUGUUGAAGACGCCAAAUCUAUAGUUUCAGCAAUUGAAAAAUGUCCAUGCUUGAUAUAUUUCAAUCUACAGGGAAACACAUUAGGAAUUGAAGCUGCAAAAGAGAUUGGCAAUGCUCUUGCUAAACAUGGAUCUCUCCUUAAACGUGCAUUGUGGCAAGACAUGUUUACGGGGCGUCUCAAGUCUGAAAUUCCAAUAGUUUUAGAACAUCUAUCGGCAGGCUUAUUAACAGCAAAUGUGCGUUUAUCUGAACUUGAUUUAAGUAACAAUGCUUUUGGUCCAAUUGGUAUGGAAGGAUUGGUUAAACUUUUAAAUUCACCUGUAUGUUAUGAACUACAAACUUUGCGUUUAAUGAACAAUGGAUUGGGAAUUGGAGGAGCAAAAAUGUUGGCCAAAGCACUCAUUGAUAAUUACAAUGCUAGUUUAAAGGCUGGUACUCCAUUUAAACUUAAAGUACUUGUAGCUGGUAGAAACCGAUUAGAAAAUGAGGGUAUUAUUGCUUUAUCCCAAUUCUUUAGUCUUGUUAAAAGUAUGGAAGAAAUUACAAUCCCGCAGAAUGGAAUUUAUUGUAAAGGUAUAUUAGCACUAACUAGUAGCUUAUUAGAAAAUCCAAAUUUAAAAGUUUUAGAUGUUCAAGAUAAUUUAUUGACACCACUUGGAGCAGAAGCAUUAGCUAAAGUUCUUCCAAAAUUAAAAAAUCUUAAACGUUUGAAUAUUGCAGAUUGUUUGAUAAAAUCAAAAGGUGCUUUGGCAAUUGCAGAAGCAUUGAAUAUUCACAGAUCUCUUGAAAUUUUAGAUGCUAGUUAUAAUGAAAUUAAUAGUGAGAGUGGAUUAAAAUUAACGGAAUCUAUAUGCAAUAAAAUCAAUUUGAAAGAAUACAAUAUUAAUGGCAAUAGAUUUGGUGAAGAAACCAUUGAAGUUAUAUCAAAUGUCCUUAAAGGAUCUAAUAAAGAUAAAACACUUGGAUCAUUUAGUGGCGAUGAAGGUGAAUGCAGUUCCGAUGAAGACGAUAAUGAAGAAGCUGCUGAAAGUUCAACAGAUGAAGAAAAUGAUAAUUCAACAUUUAACACUGAUAAUUCUGCUGAUCUUCUUAAAAAUAUGGUUAUUGGUGAAGUUAAGCCAACAAAAGAAACUGUCGAAAAUAUUAAUUGUGAAGUGUUAGUUGAUCAAUUAAUGGAUAUUGCUGUUCAUUACCACAAUUCAGAUGAUAAUGUUACAUUAGAUAAAUGUUUAGAGUUCUAUAAAACUGCUUACUCCAAUGCUACAAAAACUCUAAAAUUUAUUGAAUUGACAAAUGUUUUAUUAGUUAAACAUGGAUUAAUUAAAAGUGAAGAUAAAGGUUUCAAAUUACGAAAAGAUGUUGAUAGAUGUUUAGAAGUUCUAAAAAAAGUUGUUCAAAAUAAAAAUGUUAUUCCUGAAUCAUCUCGGUGUGUAUUAAACUUUAUGUUAAACAAAGUAUAA